CAUGUAGAAAUUUCUGAAGCACCUACCAGGUUACCAAAUGCUGAACAAGUAUUGAAUCCAUCCAUCAAGCCAUACUGUGGUAUAUCGGGGGUAUAUUUUGUGUCUGGACCGUGCGCAGCAUUCACCUUGUAUUUAAAGUGCACCAAUUACAGCCCCGUUUGUAUUGCCUGAGCAUUUUGAUACAUACAAACAAAGGCUAUGAUUGGUGUAUUUGAAAGUAAAGGUGAAUGCCGCGCACGGUCCAGACACAAAAUAAACCCCGGAUACCACAGUAGCUUCGAAAGAAGAUAUGCUCAUCGCAGGUUCGUGGAUCCAGUAUGGCAUAUACCACGGACGAAUGGGUGUGUUGUUUCACACGCUCGUAUUACACGGCCCCUUUUUUUUUCUCUUUUAUUCUGUGUAUUCUUUUGUUUUGCAUUCUUUUCUUCGUAUUCUUUUCAUCGGAAUCUUUUCAUCGAUUUCUUUUCAUCGGAUUCUUUUCAUCGGAUUCUUUUCAUGGAAUUAUUUUUCAUUGGAUUCGUUUGAAGGGUAGCAAGAACGCAACGGCGACAAGCAGUGGCUGAGGUCUUGAACGAAGCUGUGUGGCUGAUCGAAAUAAAAUCUCCGUCGUCGAGCACAAAAG